UCUGGAUGAUUGUGAGGUCAGCUCAUAAUCCCCUGCUCUGCUCAACAGCCUCCUGUUAAGGUGACAUGUAGGCUUGCCUUCUGAAACUCUCUGCCAGGAUUUAUAUCUCUUUUUCUUUCUUUUUUACAUUUAUACUGAACACUGUCAUACACAGAGGAAUAUAAAUUCUGGUGCAACAUGUGGCCUUGUGUAGAAUCAACCAAAGGGAAAUAACUCAUUGUCAACAUAAAUAUUGGAGCCUUUACUUAAAGGAGGUGCACAAAUUAUUGUUAGAACUUGCAUCUUGGAGUUUGACCAAAGACUGAGAAAUUCCUGGAGACUAUGCUAAUUUACUGAUUCAAGCCAACAUGGAUGACCCUUACCAAAACAGUAUAAACCAGCAGGGAGAAACCUACCCUACAUAUAAAGAAGAGAGUUACCCUUUUCAGACAGACUACCCUCCUCAGGAGGAAGAUGCUGCCAGUGAUGCCACAGAGGGGUAUGAUGAAGAGGAUCAAAUGUACGAGGGGGAGUACCAGGGCAUCCCCCAUCCAGACGAGAUCAAGGAAGCCCGGAGAGCAGCACGAAGGGAGGCCAGGAUGAAGGCCAGGAUGGCUGCUGAGGCUGAAGAGGAGACAUUACCAGAACAGUACGAGACCAUCAUGGAAGACUGUGGUCACGGGCGUUUCCAGUGGACCCUUUUCACGGUGCUGGGCCUGGCCCUCAUGGCUGAUGGGGUGGAAUGCUUCGUAGUGGGUUUUGCACUGCCCAGUGCUGAGAAGGACAUGUGCCUGUCCAAUGCUGACAAGGGAAUGCUUGGUUUAAUAGUCUAUGUGGGCAUGAUGGUUGGUGCUGUUGUAUGGGGUGGUCUGGCGGAUAAACUGGGUCGACGGCAGUGUUUACUGUAUGCGCUGGCCAUCAACUGCAUCUUCUCUUUCUUAUCCUGUUUUGCUCAGAGCUACGGCUUCUUUAUUUUCUUCAGACUCUGUUCAGGAAUCGGGAUUGGUGGGUCGAUCCCUGUUGUGUACACGUAUUACUCCGAGUUCCUACACAUGGACAAGAGAGGAGAACAUCUCAGCUGGUUAUGUUUGUUCUGGAUGCUCGGGGGACUUUACGCCUCCUUCACUGCCUGGGGAAUAAUCCCACAUUACGGCUGGGGCUUCAGUAUGGGAACAGAGUUUCAGUUCCACAGUUGGAGGGUGUUUGUGCUGGUUUGCUUCCUUCCCUCAGUUGCUGCUCUUGCUGGGCUAGUGUUCAUGCCGGAAAGCCCCCGUUUCCUCCUGGAGACUGCAAGACAUGACGAAGCCUGGAUGAUCCUAAGGCAGGUCCAUGACACCAACUGGAGGGCAAAGGGAGAGCCAGAGAGAGUGUUUGAAGUUUCUCAGAUCAAAACACCCCUCACUCAGGAUGAUGAGUUUAUAGAGAUUCAGAGUGAAACUGGCACUGCCUUCCAGAGGUUCAUGGUCAGACAGAUGACCCUGGUCAAACAGGUCAUGAAGAACAUUUUGUCUCUGGCUGCACCUGAACUCAGACUCCAUGGUUUGCUCAUUGCCAUAGUGUGGUUUACUAUGGCCUUCAGCUUUUAUGGCCUGGGAGUGUGGUUUCCAGACCAGAUCAAGUACCUGCAGUAUGAAGAUUAUGAGUCUAAUGUUAAGCUUUUCCAUCGAGAGAAAGUGGAACGAUUUCAUUUCAAUUUCACUCUGCAAAAUCAGGUUCACAAAGAGGGGGAGUAUAUCCAUGACAGGUUUAUCAAUAUAGAAAUCAGAAAUGUGAAGUUUGAGGACUCGCUGUUUGAGAACUGUUAUUUUGAGGACAUCAAGUCAACAGAGACCUUCUUUGAGAACUGCACCCUUAAAAACACAGUCUUCUACAAUACAGACCUGUGGGAAGAUUCAAAGUUCAUUGACUGUAAGCUGGAAAAUACAACAUUUUUGCACCCCAAAAAAGGCUGCCAUCUAAACUUCCAAGUCGAAAAUGAUAUCCUAAUCUAUUUAGUCAGCUUUCUCGGCAGUUUGUCUGUGUUACCGGGCAAUAUUAUAGCAGGUCUAUUAAUGGAUAAAAUUGGGAGAAUUAAAAUUAUAGGGGGUUCUAUGCUGGCAUCGGCUGGCUGCACCUUUUUCCUGUUCCUGUGCUUCAAUCAAGGGGCAAUCAUUACCUUCCAGUGCCUCUUCUUUGCAGCUGGUGCGGCAGCUUGGAACGGCAUUGAGGUCAUUACGGUGGAGCUCUAUCCAGCCUCUAAAAGAGCCACAGCUUUUGGUGUGUUAAACGGAAUCUGCAAACUGGCAGCUAUCAUCAGCUGUUUCAUCUUUGGCAAGUUUAUCGGCAUUACCAAGAUCAUUCCCAUCAUCCUGUCUUUCUCUGCGCUAGUGUGUGGAGGACUGCUGGCGUUUAAACUUCCUGAGACACGGGAGAUCAUUCUUAAAUGAAAAACCAAACUCCUCAAUCAUCAAGGCCUUUUACCAGCAUUUAGUCCAGCUGGGAUCUGGAUUUCCAUGUUCGGACCCCUGAACACUGACAGCAAAAGGGCUGAAUCAUAUAAAGCUGAUAUGGUGUCAUGUUACAAACAUUUUACCAUUGUAUUACGUUUUUUUUUUUUUUUUUUUAAGUAUAUUUUAAGUAUGGAAUCCAAAAUGUGACAUUUUUGGAAAUCUCUACUACAAUUGUACAGAACUUAAGAGGUUUGAGUGAGUCAACUGAAUAGAAACUUUGACUUUCAGCUAUAAACAAGUUAAUAACAACAUGGUGGUCAGAUUUCUGCAUUAACAUUUUUUCAAGUGUUCUGAAAAUUUUACAGACUUUUAUUUUUUUUAAAGAUUUUGGGCAGAAAUCUUUAUGAAUUUUCUUCCUUUGUCUGAUCACCUGCUUUUGGUCUAGUUUUGGUCAUCUUGUAGCUUUUGUUGUGUUGUAUUUGUUUAUUAUUGUGCUAUAUAUGUAUUUCACAAUAGAUUAUUUUAUUUUCACUGUGUUUUAACUCUAAUGCUGUUGGAUUCCCAUCUUUUCAACUAUUAUUUGCCAUGCCUUUUCAAUAGAAUAUGAUCAUACUAUACAAGAAUGGCAUUGUUUGUAUGAAGAUAGACAUUUUUUACAUUUUACUGGAGAAAAAUGUGUAUAAUGUUCAUUUCCUGUAAGAAAACGUUUAGAAAUGUGAUUAUCUGUAUAUUAAUAGUGUCAAUAGUAAAUAUCAAUGAGGGGCUCAUAAAUAUUAAUUUAUAGUUAUUAUGAUGCAUUUUCUCUUUUGACUACAGAGAAAUCUAUGUAUGUAUUUUUUAAGAUGACAUCUCUAAGAGGUAAACUGACAAAAGUUGGUUUUAAUUCCAUAACUAACAUUAAUAGAUUUAUAAAAGGGAAUAAGUCUUUUUAUAUUUCAUAUUCAAAAUUUAAUGGAUUAAAGGAUCUUUUCCUUUGUUUUGUUUGUUCUGGUUUGUGAUGGUAUAAAAAAAUAAAAAUAAAACAAACUUUCAAUGUUUGAGGAAUUUCCCGUGCUUUUCUGUGAGUGAAAGUAUGG